UAGUCAUCAUGAUGACGGUCAGACGCUUCAACUCUCUGCUGCUGCUCGCUCUGCUCACAGUCAGUGGAUCCAGCAGCAGGAAGGUUGUUGGUCGAGCAGGUGAGGACGUCACUCUGCCCUGUAAAUAUGACAUCAAGUAUAACGGACCAACAGCAGUCUGUUGGAAUCAAGGAUCACUAUCAACUUUUGGCUGCUACAACCAGAUCAUCUACUCAGACGGAUAUAAAGUGACAACCAGAACUUCCAGCAGGUAUCAGUUACUGGGACGACUGAAGGAUGGAGAUGUUUCUCUGACGAUCCUGAACACCACAGAGGAAGAUGCUGGACUGUACGGAUGCAGAGUGCAGAUAUCUGGGCCGUUCAAUGAUAAAAAACAUCACAUCGAUCUGACCAUUGAGAAAGCUCCGUCGACCUCGUCAACACCAAGAACAAGAACGACUGCACAGAGUCGACAGACAGAACAGACGACAAACACAUCAGGUCAGGUGACCGCUACACAGAGCGUCCCAGCUUCCUCGGACAGCAACGACCCCGAGAUUCCUGAAACCCACAGAGCUGCAUCUGAAGAGACCACCAGAGACUGA